AGCACCACGCCUCCUCCUCCUCCUCCUCCUCCAGGAGCCGCUCGGUUUUGCUCGGUGCUCUUUGCUGACGGCUGUGCGCGGACCCAGAGAAAAUGGCCUCCGGUAAAGCUUAUAUUGGGAAGCCAGUUCCAGACUUCCAUGCCACAGCAGUGGUGGAUGGAGCCAUUAAGGAAAUAAAGUUGUCAGAUUACAAAGGCAAAUACGUGGUUCUCUUCUUCUACCCGCUGGAUUUCACCUUCGUCUGUCCCACAGAGAUCAUAGCUUUCAACGAUCGAGUUGAGGAAUUCCACAAGAUCAACUGUGAGGUUAUUGCUGCCUCUGUUGACUCCCAGUUCACCCACUUAGCCUGGAUCAAUACCCCAAGAAAGGAAGGCGGCUUGGGUUCCACAAAUAUUCCACUUGUGGCAGAUGUCAACCACAGCAUUUCCAAGGACUAUGGAGUGCUGAAGGAGGAGGAUGGCAUUACAUACAGAGGCUUGUUCAUAAUUGACACUAAAGGUGUCUUGCGUCAGAUCACAGUGAAUGACUUGCCUGUGGGGCGUUCUGUGGAUGAGACACUACGCCUGGUUCAGGCCUUCCAAUUCACAGACCAGCAUGGCGAAGUGUGCCCAGCUGGCUGGCAUCCCGGCGCCGACACCAUCAAGCCCACAGUGAAGGACAGCAAGGCUUUCUUCGCCAAGCAGCAGUAGGCCCUUUGCCUUGCUCGACUGCCGUGUCCUACUGAAGGCGCCUGGUCUAAUGUGAAGGGAUUAUUCGCGGUGAAUCUUCCCCAUUUAACGCUCUUUGGGAGAGCUCAGCUACCAGAGUCCCCCAUAAAUAGUCGUCUGUAGAAGUUAACUCGAACAAGUUUUGAGUAGGGCAUCCUUGUGUUUAUGCUUCAAUAAAAGUGGUGAUUAAAAUAA